AUGGCUGAAGCGUCCUCGAAAGUGCAACAGAACUAUGACCACGACUGCGAGGACGCUGUCAACACCCACAUCCAGCAGCAGCUCUAUGCCUCCUUUGUGUACUUGUCUAUGGCCUCCUGCUUUGACCGUGAUGACGUGGCCCUGGAGAACUUAAAAUGUUUCUUCCUGAGCAAGUCACAGAAAUGCAAGGCCAGUGCCGAGAUGUUCAUGUUCCUGCAGAAUAAAUGUGGAGGCAGCAUCGUUCUUCAUAACAUCCCAAGACCGGACCGCAACAGUUGGCAUGGGGGCAUCCACGCUAUGGAGUGUGCCCUCCACAUGGAGAUGACCACCAACCAGAGCCUGCUGAACCUGCAUGAAUUGGCCAAGGGAAAAGGCAGCACCUUCCUCUGCGACUUCCUAGAGAAUCACUGUCUGGAUGAGCAGGUCCAAGUUCUGAAGGAGCUGAGCAGCAAUCUGAGCAGUCUGCGCCAGAUGGAGGAUCCAGACAACGGCUUGGCUGAACACCUCUUGGACAAGCUCAGCCUGUCCUAA